CUCAGGUUCCUCUCUGAUCUUACUAUGUCUAUGGGGUUCUUCCUUACGAGUACAAUUUGAUCCGUGUCAGAAUAUAUAUAAAUAUAUAUUAAGCAACCGGUGCCGGUUUUGUGCAAUCGUCCGACGUUGUCAACAUAUUGGAGCAAUUUUGAAGAUUCCAAUUAAUCGCGGUGAUCAAAUAUUUUGCUGUUGCAGCGCGAUUAACCUUUAAAUAAUAUUCGAAGAAGUAAUAUUCAUUCACUUGAUUCUACGUACUUGUUCAAUAAACAACAAUUGCCGGACUGACGCGGUCGAUAUGGAGGAAAAACUGUUGCACAUGUUGCAGGAUGUCGGGUAUACAGGGCCAGUGCUCGACUCUGACAAGCUAUCGCAGGCAUUACAAGGUGGUGCCAAGUCACCUGACUUCACUGGUCUUGUAGCUUGGUUCACCGAACAACUAGCAACGUUUAUUGAUAUAGAUGAGACUGUUCAUGCCACAACAAGCGGGGAUGAUGCCAGUUCUUUUCUCUUAGAAUUAAGUUUCUUUCUCAAGGAGAUAGGAUGUGUAAAUGAAAAAUUGAUGACUGGACAUGUAAAUCAAAGACUGGCUAAUGAGUCUGAAAGAGCUAUUCUUAUAGAAUUUUUAGUGACUGAACUUAUGGCUGCUAAAUUGUUAGAGGUAAAAUGUCCUAAAGAGGAAAAACAGAUGGAAGUUACAAUAGAUGAAAGUGAUACGGCAAGGAACUUGAAAAAUAUGCUGGUAACAUUGAAAUUCCAAAAGCCACCAGACAACAUCACGCCCGCGUUACUGUUCUCCCGACUACAAACUAAAUUGUCAGAGGAGCUGAAGACUGUACCACCAGAUCACCUGGGUAAGCCGCUCAUAGAUGUUGAGCUCUCCGCUAAACAAUGGGAGCAAUUGGCUGACUUGCAGAAGGAAAUGCACGAAGAAUAUACAAUUCGUCGUGAAAUGUUGCUGAAACGCCUCGAUGUCACAGUUCAAUCAUUCCUGUGGUCCGACAGAAUAAAGUCGCAGGAAGCUAAAGUGAAUAGUAAAUACGAGGAGAAGAGGAAGACAAUGAAAAGCGAACCGAAGGUGAGCAUGGCCGAUCUGCUUGCAGCAAGGGAUGAUCUGGCAGUAAUCGAGAAAACGAGCAACGCCAGCGUUCGCAAGAAUACGCGGAGUAAGAUUAACAGUGUGAUCAUCGGAGCGGUACCGGACAGAGGUGGAAGACCGUACGAGCAGGAACCACCUCCACCAGAAAUGCCUCCGUGGCAAAAAGACAGAGUCCAGGGACCGCCAUCGUUCCGGGGUGGAAGAGGAGGGGGUGGAAGAGGAGGAGGUGGACGAGGAGGAAGCAGUGGAGAUAGAGGAGGCAGAGGAGGAGGAAGAGGAGGUGGCGGCGGCGGCGGUUAUCGUGACCAUAAAGACGCCAGCAGCAAUUUCGGCCAAAAUACGGAUUAUCAGCAAUCGCAAUAUUCCGGACAUGGACAUAGAGAGUGUUAUCCGGAUCAUAGGGACGCAGGAGGUUAUCAAAGGAGCACUGGCGGUGGGAGUAGAGGAGACGGAGGAUACAGGGGAGACUCUGGCGGAAAUUAUAGUCAGAAUUAUGGUCAAAAUUACGGUCAAAGUUACGGCCAGAAUUACGAUUAUCAGCAGUCGCAGCACUCUGGCCAAAGAGACUCUUACGGGGGUGAUAAUCGCAGCGGGGGUAACUAUUAUCAGGACAGGAGAGAGAGCGGCGGAGGAAGAGGUGGCAGAGUUCAGGGUGGAUGGAACCAAGGUAGCAAUAAUAGCGGCAUGAACAGCUACCAGCGCGGCGGCUAUAACAGAGGUAGAGGACGAGGACAAUACUGAAGCUGUUUGUUUUCAAUGAUGGGUGUAAGAUUUAUCACGCGGGAAAUUGUCAUGAUAUUAAUAUGUAAGAUUAAUGCAUAAUAAUCUCAGUGAUAUCUUAAUUAGUAAUCACUAUUACUUACGCUUACAUUAUUAUUCGUGUGUAAGACGAAUAUGAGUUUGGUCUUGCUCGAAACUCAGUUUUGAAUACGUCUAGUGAAAUGAUGAUCUUGAAAUACGUAUUUUUCCUAAAUUAUUUCUAAAUCGUAUUUAUUUAACAAUCUAUAGUUAUCUUUUAUUGUACUAUUGCAUUGAAACAAUAAACUGAAAAGUGUUAUUAUCUGCAAUUAGUUUGAUAAUUUUAAUUUCGCUACUAGUGAAUUGAAACAUUUAAUUACGUUAUAUAAAUCUAUAUAAACUGAAAAUGAAUAAAAGUGCAGUUAUUGUGUAAACAUGUUCUUUAUUAUUUGAACAUUCGAAGAAUGCCCGAAAUUGAUUUAUAAUAUAUGAAAAUAAAUCAUAAUAGCUUCGAAGAUUUUUAUUUUAACAAUCACACUUUAUUGUGUAUGUCAGAAUAAGAUUUGUCAUAUAUUAAUAUUGUGAUUAAAAAAAGGAAAUAAAAAAUAUAAGUUA